AUGUCACCAAAGCCAAAGCGAGAGUUCGACGAGGCGUUCACUGCUUCUCAAGCACCCGGCGAGCCAGAUGAGCUGCGCGAAACCUGCAAGAGCUCAUUCCAACCUGCAGAGGAAAUUGUCGACUCUGCAAUGCCAAAGCAGAUUCUGAGAGAGCAGACGAAAAAUCCAGAUUCCUCGAAAUAUAUGCCAAUAACGAUACUCUGUGCUGCUCAUCUUGCCGAACGCCAAGCUCAAGACAGAGUCGAAGCUCUCUGCCAUCGCUUCUGGGCCGGAGCAUGCGACAGACAAGAACGCAAUGUGUUGGGAAGAUUCCUUCGACUGUCCCAGAAUACAGAUCCUGUCGAUAUUGUCUACGAAUGGAUUGCAGAACCGGCAGCAACCAUGCGCGCAGAAGUAAAGCGUCCAAAUACCACGAUUGCUCGCGCUGAGAGAAGCCCAGAGACUAUCACAACGAUCACGGAAUCCAGCAACGAAGAUGAUCACGCUGGAGGAAGCUCAGAGACUGUCACGGCAAUCAGCAAAUUCAGCAAUGAAGAUGAUCCCAUCGUUCUCUACGAUACCGAUGAAUCGAUCCCAGAGCCUCGCACACAAACACCUCCACGACAGCACGACGAGCCCUCUCAACACGACCCCAUCGACUCUGACACUGAUGAUAUUGGCACUGAUUACGACAUUUCUGCUGGCUCUUUUCUCACUUUGGCUCAGCGUAGGGCUGAUAUGCCAGACUUCCCCAACGACAACAUCUUCGCAAAGUCACCAAGAACUGACAAGCUCAUCUGCCCCAUGAUUGUCGUCAAGGGCGGCAAAGCAGUCAUGUGUGCAACCGAGUUCGUAGAGGCACAUUCCGGAAACUUCUUCAAGCACAUCCGUGGACUGCACAAGGUCACCCACAACAGUCGCGGAACCGAAUUCUUUGCGCUCUUCAAGCAGACGUCAGCCCUGAUACUUGGCAUGGCACUCAAACAGGAAGAAAUGGCCAAAUUGAACGACGUCUACUACGAACAAGGCAUCGGAGCUGUCAUGGACACGCUAAAAGAGCGCCGUCGCAUGCCGGACUGCGUGGGAUCCCCGACCUCGCACACCAAGUUACAGCAGACGGAUCUCGUACGUGUCGCUGUACGCAUUUUCAAGGACAAGCAAUGGGGAAAGAAGACGCUUCUCCCAGCCAUCCACGGCAUCCUCGCGCAGUUCGAGCCAAAGCUCGAAAACGUCCGACCAGAUGCCCUUGCACAGCAUUCCAAGAACGCCUACGAUAUGGACACUGCUUGCUGGCCCUCGGAAGUGCUCGCCAGCCCCGACAGACAGUCCGAACAGGAUUAUGGUGUGAAGAAGACCAAACACGCGCUCAGGAAAUCGUUCUCACACAGGCCAGCUGGGCGCACAGCGUCAAUUUCAGAGUGCAGGCUGCAUAGCCAGCUCUAUGAUAAGCAGAGAGUUAAAUCGAGUCGUGCACAUGCUAGCGUUAAAGAAUUUUACCUCUGCUGUCUCUGCCGAUGUCUCGAAAAUUGUCCUGGUUUCGGUGCUCCUUUGUGUGAGAAUAUUGGGAUCCGAGGCGCCGUCGAAUGGAAGAGCGAUGACUUCGAUUUCUUUCCAUCUCCGGGAAUUGGAUGUGCUCCAAGCCGACGCAUGUAA